AUGUCAUUUUCAUUAGAAAAGUCGAAAAUUAUUACAUUAUUUGAAAAACAUACUACUUUAACUCCACUUGAAAUAGAUCAGCCUAGAAUUCAUGGAGCACAAUUCAACUUAAUCUAUUUUAUCACUCUUGCAGUUGUACCUUCAACAGAAUUCACAAGCACUCAUUUCUUUCUUCGUCUAUCAAAACCAUUACAUCCUCGAAUUAAAACACAGAAUGAAGUUGGUUGGCUUACUUUUCUUAGGAAAUACUCAAACUUAAAAGUACCAAAAGUGUUAUUUUGGAGCGACUCUACAAAUGAACUUGGUUAUGAGUACACUGUUGUGGAAAAAUUACCAGGCGAAUCGCUUUGUAAUAUCUGGGAAACAAUCGAUCCACAACAUAUUGUUCAACAAGUGGUCGAUAUCGUAUUAAAAUUAAGAGUAUUGACGGAAGAUGUUCCUUGUAAUUGGUUUGGUGGAAUGACAGCAGAUGGAAAACCAAGCGCAUUCAUUGAAGUGACAUCCUAUACAGAAGAACAUAUCAAUCAAUACUGGCCUUUAUCUGACUAUCCCAAUGAAUCGUAUGAAACUUUGAAUUUGACUAGAAGUUUUUCAUCGUGGAAAGAAUAUUUGGAAGCACGUAUCCAACGAGAUAUAUAUGUCAUUGACACUCAUCAAUCGUGUGUUUCUCUUCGUACAUCAUUUCGUUCUCGUCUUCAAAAAUUAUUAACACAAUCGAAAGUUAUACAAGAGAACAAAGGUUAUAUAGCACAUCGAGACUUACAUUUUGCUAAUCUUCUUUGGUCUACUGAAACUAACUCUAUUAGUGGAGUAUUGGAUUGA